GUUUCGGCGGCCGGCGCGGCGGUGAUCGUCAGUUCACGAUGCCCGGGUGCGGUGCUCUCCACGCUCUCGGCUUGGCCCUCGCGGCUGUGGUCCUGUUGACUAGGUCACGCGUCGCGCGCGCCUACCCCUUCGAGCAGUUCUACCCCCACGGAGGCAACCUCGAUGCCGCCCUCCCCACCGACCGCUGGGGGGUCUCCAGCCCGGAGAUACCUCUCACCGUCCCCGUCCGCUUCUACGGGGAGAACUUCACGUCCAUCUUCGUGAACGCGAACGGACUGGUGUCGUUCCUAACGGACAUCCCGACGUUCUACAACCUCGAGUUCCCGCUGGACUACCCGAUCAUCGCGCCGCUCUACACGAACGUGGACCUGCGGGGCAGCGGUCAGGUCCUCUACCGGGAAACCAACGCCCGCUCCUUCUUCCCCAACACAGCCCGCGACUACCAGGCCACCAGCGCCUUCAUCACCACCUGGCUCAGAGUCGGCUACUACGACAGCGGAAGGGAUAAGGUAACCUUUUUCAACUCGUUUUUGACCAUUCCAGUUCCUAUACGAAUGCCGAAUAAACUGUAA